GCCCUCCACAUUCAUAAGGACAUCAUUUUAUUUCAAACUUAAGAAAUACAUGCACUGACGGUUACACUUUCUACACAUCAAACUGUUGCUUUACACAUGCCUGCAUGCUGUAAAGCAACAGAAAUCAAAGCUGGACCAGUGGCCGCCUGUGUCUGUCUCUGACAGAAGAAAAGAGAAGGGAAAAAAAGUAACCUGAAAACCUGAGACAUGGCGGCUGAUCUCGAUGUGGUCAACCUGUUUAUUAUUGCCGGGGGAACGCUGGCUAUUCCCAUCCUGGCCUUUCUGGCGUCCUUCCUUCUCUGGCCCUCUGCACUCAUUAAAGUUUAUUACUGGUACUGGAGGAGGACUCUGGGUCUGCAGGUGCGCUACGCGGACUGCGGUGGUUAUCGCUUCUGUUUCUCCUACCGAGGAAAGCCUGGGAUGAGACCUUCCAUCUUGAUGUUGCACGGCUUCUCUGCUCACAAAGACACGUGGCUCACUGUUGUCAAGUAUCUACCAAAACAUCUGCACAUCGUGUGUGUGGACAUGCCCGGCCACGAGGGGACAACACGCACCAACACAGAGGAUUAUUCCAUUCAGGGGCAAGUCAGAAGGAUCCAUCAGUUUGUGGAAACCGUCCGGCUAAACAGGAAACCGUUCCAUCUCGUUGGAACGUCCAUGGGAGGGAACGUAGCCGGGGUUUACGCAGCCUGCUAUCCCUCAGAAAUCUGCAGCAUGACUCUCAUAUGUCCAGACGGCAUAAGACAUCCGUGUGAGACGAAAUUUGACAAUCAUCUGCAGGACCUGGAGCACAGCAAUUACACAAUUAAUAUCCCUCUGAUCCCCACUACACCCGAAGAGAUGGAGGACAUGUUCAGGCUGUGCUCCCAUGUUCGCUUUAAAAUUCCUCAGCAGAUUCUCCAAGGAUUAGUCGAUGUCCGCCAACCUCACAACACAUUUUAUCAAGAAGUUUUUAUGGAGAUUGUAGGUGAGAAGUCGAGAUACGCCUUACAGGAGCACUUGCAUCUAAUCACUGCACCUUUACAAGUGAUAUGGGGCAAACAAGACCAGGUGGUGGAUGUCUCUGGAGCCGCCGUCAUUGCAGAGUUGUUGCCUGGAUGCAAGGUGGACCUGCUGGAGAACUGCGGUCACUCUGUGGUGAUGGAGCGGCCGAGUCGCACAGCCAAACUCAUCCUGGAGUUCAUCAUCUUGCAGCAGAAUGCCAAGAGUGGCACAAAGAAAUCUUCCUGAACUAAAGACUUUUAAGCAUCUACACGUGUCCCUAAUGCUUUGCACCUAACUUAAACGUGACAUGCUAAUGUAGACGGAUGUUCAUUAAACCUUUAUAGGGCACUCAUUGAAAUACUUGGAAGUUCUGAAUUUCAACCCUAGAGUGUUAUUGUAGGGCAUGAGAAGACUUUUUUUUUUACUUUUGUGAAUUUUUUUAAAAUCACGAUUAAUGAAUUUACCAUAUAUGGUUCCUUUCCCUUAAGUGGUAAACAAAUGUAAACGUGUAUUUAGACCAUUAGAACAUAAGAGCUGAUUCAGGCAGUUCAGGCAAACACAUUAUCACAACAGACCACAUUAGGACACUUCUUCCUGGUAUUUAAUAAAGCUGUUAUGCUCAGAGAUCAUGCAGAGGUGGAUCUUGAAGACCACGUUUGAUAAGAAUCUGGCCCGAG